CCGGAGAUCCUGUUCCAGUGCGACGGACAAGCUCCGGCACCGAGCAAGGACUUCUAUCAGCUGCAGGUCACUCGCAGCGAGGUUAUUUUGAGAUGGUGGAAAAUCUCUCUCCGAAGUGAAUUUCGUGAAGCAAGACCUGGAGAACUAAGAGAGUCUCAUGAAGACUUUGUGGAUGAUCCAACUCUGCAAGCUCAGAUUGGCAUGGUGUUUGGCCAGAAGGUUUUUGAGUUACGUCAUUAACCUAUGCCGGGGUCAGUACGAUUUCUUGGAGCGCCUUUCUGAGUCAUUGAUACUCUACCUGCUGACUUUCUUGGACCUACAGGACAUUGCUCAGCUUUCCCAGGUCUCUCAUACAUUCCAAAAGCUUUGCGAUUCGGACAAGCUAUGGGAGCACAUUGUGGAAAGGUCUUGUGAUACCGUCACCCCAGAGAUGAGAGCUUUAGCCCAAAAUAUUGGCUGGAAGCAGUUCUUCUUCACCAAUAAGCUGCAGCUGCAGCUCCAGCUCCGGAGAUGGAGGGAGAAACAGGAAAAGAGUCAAGAUAUCAUCCUGGAAUGA